UAUUAGUGUUGAUACUUUCCAGUCAAAGAAGUUUGUAUGUAUUUAGAGCAACAGCAGAAGGGAUCUAUAUGAUAUCUUAGAAUUCAUUCUGCAUAGACUGUUGGAAACGGAAGUGGCAGGCAUUUUUAGAUGCAUCACAGAUAAGCCAGCUUAGAGGAAAGGAAGUUGGUAAUGCCAUAUAUUUAGACGACCACAAAAUGGCAGGGAGAGAAGUAAAAAUUACACUUGGUCGAAUUUAGCCUCUUCGGGAAAAAGUGCACACGUUUGAUGUUAACACAGUUUACUAGGUUUAUGUUUUAAAAAACGUUUCCUUCCUUGUGGAGCAUGUUUUCAGACGGACUUUGUGUGCACUUCGCAGGGUGCUGUGAUUACGCCAACAAUGGACCACCCUAUAUCAAUGCAGCCGGCAAACAUGAUGGGCCCCCUGACACAGCAGAUGAAUCACCUUUCGUUGGGUACCACAGGAACGAUUCAGUCCCAAGACAGGAUUAUGAUACUGCACCAGCUGUUGUGUCAGUAUAUGACUGCUGCCGCUCCUAUGCAAGGGACCUACAUUCCCCAGUACACGCCUGUGCCUCCGACAGCUGUCUCUAUUGAGGGUGUUGUUGCUGAUACCUCUCCCCAGACGGUGGCACCUUCAUCCCAGGACACCAGUGGUCAGCAGCAACAGAUAGCAGUGGACACAUCCAACGAGCAUGCACCUGCAUAUUCUUAUCAACAGUCUAAACCAUAAACAGGACUGAAGAAUGUCCGUCCGAAACUUUGCCUUGAAUGAAGAAACUUCAUUGGACAAGAAGUUGACUUCCAGUUUGCACAGGCGUCAAAUUUUUUUUUUUUUUUUCCUUCUUUACCCAAUGGAAGCAAAGUGUUUUUAUGUGCUGUGCAAAUGGUUCCUUCAUGGUCUGACAGUUUUAUUUUUGCCGUCAUAUCUGUUUUUUUUUUAAUUAAAGAAAAAAAUCCCAGAAGAGGAGGAAAAAAAAAAAAAAACCUACAA